AUGCAAAUCAAGAUUGCUGCAUCCCUGCUUGCUGUGGCGGCCUUUGCGGGCUCUGCUCUCGCCGAAUCGCACACCGUGACCUUCAACAACCGCUGUGGACAUGGCACUCCUACUCUCGUCCAGAAUGGAAGGAUCCUUUCCACGGGCGGGAACUAUGUCUCUAACGGUCCCCUCGUUGCCGCCAUUGCUUACCUGCAGACGGGUAGCUGCGGGUUGAACGGCGAGGGCUGCACCCUCAUCGAGACCACGCUGCAGAACCCGACCAGCCCGGGUGGGGGCUCCUCCUCGGACAUCAGCUUGAUUCCGCCGCACACGUUCAGCGUCACUUCAGGCUUCGGCUACUUCGGAGGCUGCGACGGCGCAGGUGCCGACUGCACGAGUGCAGACUGUUCGACUGCGUUCCACAACCCGGACGACACGUGGGUGCAGGUGGCGUGUCAAACUAACAACGUCAACCUGGCCAUCACGUUCUGCGACUAG